AGAAAUGUAUUUGUCAAACAAUAAAUAGUUCUAUUUAUAAUUAUUUAUAAAUCAUCACUCCGAACUUGAAUAAUUUUGAAAUUGUGAUAUUCCAAUAUUCUGUAAUUUCUUUUUAAUAAGUUAUGGUGUGAAGUAAUUCUGCUACUUCAUCAAUAUUGUAAUGCCAAAGCAAUUCAUAAAAGUGAAAAUUAACUGUGAUGUGAAUCCUAGUGGUAUGCCUCCUGAAAAACAAGAUUGUACCAAAUAUGAUUCGUCUUCUAAUAUAUCUAAUUCGAAUGGAGACAUUUGUAGAAUAUGCCAUUGUGAAGCUGACUUCGAUAAUCCUUUGUUAUCCCCUUGCUAUUGCUCUGGUAGUUUGAAAUAUGUGCACCAGUCGUGUCUUAGACAAUGGUUAGCCGCUUCCGAUACCAGAUCUUGUGAAUUAUGCAAGUUCAACUUUAUUCUACAUACUAAAAUUAAACCAUUGUCAGAAUGGAGAAGACUGGAAAUGAGUGGUGUGGAAAGAAGAAGAUUAUUAUGUGCAAUAUUGUUUCAUUGUGUUGCAGCCAUUUGUGUUAUCUGGUCAUUAUUUGUUCUUAUUGAUAGAGCAGCCGAAGAGGUCCAAAAAGGUUUGAUAGCCUGGCCAUUUUGGACGAAGUUGGUAGUAGUUGCCGUAGGAUUUACAGGAGGUGCUGUGUUUAUGUACAUACAAUGCAGGCAGUACUUACAUUUAUUCAGUAGAUGGAAGGCAUAUAACAGAAUUAUUUUAGUGCAGAAUGCACCUGAAAAGCCUAAUCCAAUGCCUCCAUCUACAAGUUUUACUUAUGACCAAGCUCUAGGACAGCAGUUUCCUCCGCAAAUCCAAGCCCAUGUGGAGUACAAUGUGCCAUCAACAUAUGCAGACAAUUCCCAUAAUAAUCACCAGCUAUGUUUUACUUUCCAAAAAGAAGAUGUUGUAGAUAAAGCCAAAAUGGAUGAGAAUAGUAGUAAUUCAUCUAUACCUAAGGAUGAUAUUCAGAUUGAAGAUCUCUGUGAAAGGACGCCAGAGAAAUUGGACAAACCGAAACCAAACGAGGGGAACAGUUGGAUGGAUCCCAGAAUGAAAGAAAGAGAAAUUCUUGCGCUGGACAUUCAGCAUCCUUCAGUUGUAAGUCCUAAUGUAGAGCAUUCAAAGACUGAAAAUAUUAUGAAAAAAAGUAAUUCUGUUUUUAUAUCACUACCCAAUCUGAAUGCUAGCAGUGAGAGUUUAUUGCUCUGAAAACAAAGUUAAGUUUUAUUAUUAUUCCUGAAUGUGUUUUCCAUAAGACAGUUUUUUAAUCAGUUUGAAAUGUGUCUUGGAAGAUGAAAGCGGCCCUACAAUUAUGCUCUUAAAAUAGAAAGAUUCGCACUGUUUUUUUAUCUUCACACAAUAUUUUUAUAUAUUGAAAAAUCAAUAUAUAUAUAGUUGUCUAACCAUCUGGACAUAGAAGUUUUCAGUGAGUAGUGUUCUCGUUAAAAAAAUUUUUUUAUUGAAUUUUGUUUGCAGGCAGGUAUUUUUUUAUUAUAUUCCCAUCAUAUAUACUUCAAUUUCUCCAUAUUGAGUAACAAAAUAUCUUCCUGUGAAUAAAAAUUGAUUUUAUCAAAUAUUUUUCGAAUCUAUUGUAUUAGAUAAAAUAUUGAAAACCUCUAUAUCAAGAUCUUUUUGGGCCAACUUGAAAAACAAUAAUGAACUACUUAAGAAAUGACUUUAGUCUAAUACUGAUUGAGAUUAUAGCUGAAACUGAAAAGUGCCAGAUAUUUAUGAUUUAUUUCCACAAACAUAUUUUUAUAUGAUUUCUUGGUGCUCCAUGCUUGAAGAUUUUUUUAUUAUAUCAUUGUUAAAAAGAUUUUAAAUGAGUUCUCAGUUCGCAAGGAUAUUACUUAAAAAGCAAAAGUGAUGAAAUAGUUCCUCCUUUUUCUAAUAGCUCUCAUUUUCAUAUUUUCUUCUUCAUAUUUUAAAGUUUAUAAAUAUUAUUAAAUGAAUUUGUGUGUUGCAACACCAAAUUUUUGUUUGUUUCAUUUGAGAAUUAAGAAUGAAUGUUGCAAUUCAAUAUUAAUGUUAUUUAGAGUAUAGUUUGCUAUCAAUUAAUACGAGUUCAAAAUAUUUUUUGCCCUUUAGAAAUAAAGGAAUAGAAUUACUAACAAGGUUAGUGUAUAUUACCAUGAAUAAUGGGAAUAAAACUUAUGAAUGUACUGAAUAUGAACAUUCGAAAUCAUUAUGUUGUCAAUAUUGAAUGUAAACUACAAUACAAUCUACUUAAUCCGAACACUAUAUUGGCAAAUCUUGUUUUGCUCUCUUAAGAUGAACUACUUUAACCUUAUAUUUAAGGAAACUUAAUUUUUAUAUUACCUUAUUCAUUUUUAAACAGGAGCCAAGAUAGUUAUUUGUAUUGGUAGUUGGCACUGUAGUUUAUUUUAAUAUUUUUUUUUCUGCAAGGUCUCUUCCAAUUUAAUUUGUUGUUUAUCGAAAAGUUUCAGCUAUGAUGUCUUAUUGACUUUUAUUUUUUGUAAUUUUGAAAUUAUCAGUUAUGGGUAGGCUAUUGUUGUUCGUUAUGAUGAUUACAAUAAUCUGAUCUAAGUGAAUGAAUAUAUUCUGGAUCAAUUAAGAAUUUAUUAUUGUUAUAUAAUCUGUGAUUUAUAAUGACUUAGAAAUACUAACCACACUACGAUGUGAGGCAUCUUUCUUGUUUAUAUUUAAAUUUUAUUAGGGCUAUAAUUAUUGGUAUGUGAUAAUUAAAAUGGAUUUUGACUGAU